AUGGAAAGUGAUAGUAAUGAAGAAGACAUAUCGCCAAUAUAUUCAGCCGAUUUCAAACAUUUACAAUGUAUUUUUUUAGUUGGUUUUCUUUUGUCAAGAGCUGCUAAUAGUUUACAACUAUCAUAUCGUUAUCCAAUCUAUGAUAGUUAUGGAUAUAGUCGAUCAACCAUUGAAUUCUUUUAUAUAAUUGCUCAUGCAUCAGCUUUAUUGAUUGGUACCAUAUUUGCUUCACUUGCUGAUCGAUUUGGACGACGUUUAGCAUGUAUUCUUUGUGGUAUACUUUAUAUAAUUAGUUCAAUGUCACUUCAUUUUCGUGUCUUUUGGAUACUUGCAAUGGGAAAUUUAAUUCGAGGUGUAGGUAAUUCAUUUUUUCACACGGAAUUUGAUGCAUGGUUAAUACAAGAAUACAAAGAUCGUAAUUUAAAUAUGAAAUCUCUUCCUCGUGUGCUUCGUAAUUCAAAUGUAUAUGGAACUAUUGUUUCGAUUGCCACUGGAUUUCUUGCACAGAUUGUCGUGGAAUUCUUUGGUUUUAUUGCACCAUUUGAUACAUCCAGUAUAUUUUUUGUUAUUAUGAUCAUUUAUAUAUUACUGGUAUGGACAGAAAAUCAUGGAAAUAAAGAAAUUUCACCUAGUAGUACAUUUGUAUCUGCUUUUCAAGUAAUUCGAUCUGAUUCACGUAUUGUUCUUCAUGGAUUAAGUACUGCUUUAUUUGAAACAGCACUUUAUAUUUAUUUUAUUGAAUGGACACCAACACUUCAACAAGCAAAAAACUUUACUAUCGCCGAUCCAUUACCAUUUGGUCUUAUAUUUGCUUGUUACAAGACAUUUAAUAUGAUUGGUUCAUUUAUUUUUAAUGAAGCUGUUGAAAAAAUUCGACCUCAAAUAUUUAUAAUGCAAGUUUCUUUUUAA